UUUCUCCUUCUUCUCCUUCUUCUCCUUCUUCUUUCUCCUUCUUCUCCUUCUUCUUGCGCGGCUGCUUUCGGACUUCGAGUCGUUUUCAGACAUCGUCUAAACAUCGACUCUCUGUCCGUCCUUUUUUUGUCUGCUGGACUUUUCUCCUUUUCCCUCGUCUUGUUUUGUCCUUGCGGUCUCACCGUACGGCAUCAGCGGCAGCGUUUGACGUGUCGGGCCCCCGGAGAUGUUCGGGAUCCAGGACAACCUGCCCCGAGGGGCCACGGCCAGCAUGAAGGAGGAGCCGCUGGCUGUUCGCUCCUGGAUGCACUCGGCCGGCGUGGUGGACGCCAACACGGCCGCUCAGAGUGGGGUGGGGUUAGCCCGGGCUCACUUUGAAAAGCAGCCGCCGUCCAACCUGAGGAAGUCGAACUUCUUUCACUUCGUGUUGGCGCUGUACGACCGGCAAGGUCAGCCAGUGGAAAUCGAACGCACCACCUACGUCGACUUUGUGGAAAAAGAGAAGGAGCCGGGCGGGGAGAAAACCAACAACGGGAUCCAUUACAAACUGCAGCUGCUCUACAGUAACGGAGUGAGGACGGAGCAGGACCUCUACGUCCGGCUGAUCGACUCCAUGACCAAACAGGCGAUCAUCUAUGAAGGUCAGGACAAGAACCCAGAGAUGUGUCGAGUUCUGCUGACACACGAGAUCAUGUGCAGUCGUUGCUGCGAUAAGAAGAGCUGUGGAAACAGAAACGAGACGCCGUCGGACCCCGUCAUCAUCGACAGGUUCUUCCUGAAGUUCUUCCUAAAGUGUAACCAGAACUGUCUGAAAAACGCUGGAAACCCUCGAGACAUGAGGAGGUUCCAGGUGGUGGUGUCUACGACAGUGAACGUGGACGGCCAUGUUCUCGCCGUCUCCGACAACAUGUUCGUACACAACAACUCCAAACAUGGCCGCCGAGCCCGGAGACUUGACCCAUCUGAAGCAGCCACUCCCUGUAUCAAAGCCAUCAGUCCCAGUGAGGGCUGGACGACAGGCGGAGCGACCGUCAUCCUGAUCGGAGACAACUUCUUCGAUGGUCUGCAGGUCGUCUUCGGCACCAUGCUGGUGUGGAGUGAGCUGAUCACCCCUCAUGCGAUCCGGGUCCAGACGCCUCCCCGUCACAUCCCUGGGGUCGUCGAGGUCACGCUGUCCUACAAGUCCAAACAGUUCUGUAAAGGAGCACCGGGACGCUUCGUGUACACAGCAUUGAACGAACCGACCAUCGACUACGGCUUCCAGAGGUUACAGAAGGUCAUCCCCCGUCACCCUGGAGACCCCGAGAGACUGCCCAAGGAGGUGUUGUUGAAGCGGGCGGCUGACCUGGUGGAGGCGCUCUACGGGAUGCCUCACAACAACCAGGAAAUCAUCCUGAAGCGAGCUGCCGACAUCGCUGAAGCUCUCUACAGUGUUCCCAGGAACCACAACCAGAUCCCGUCACUAGGCAACAGUGCCUCGCAUGGCAUGAUGGGAGUUAACUCCUUCAGUGGGCAGCUGGCCGUCAACGUCUCCGACACAACGCAAGUUGGCUACAGUCGUAACACCAGCAGCGUGUCGCCGCGGGGAUACGUACCAAGCUCCACCCCUCAACAGAAUAAUUACGGUAACACCGUCAGCAACAGCAUGAACGGCUACGGCAACACCAGCAUGGCAAACCUCGGAGUGGCAACAUCUCCCGGCUUCCUCAACGGGUCGUCUGCCAACUCGCCCUACGGCAGUAAGUAUCAAGUUGUUCCCUCCAGUCCGACCAUGGCCGUCUCUAACUGUAACUCCUCUCACGGAGUUUUCUCGUUCUCGGCCGCUGUCAAACAGAAGAGCGCCUUCGCUCCCGUCGUCCGACCAACAGCUUCACCUCCUCCUCCAAACUGCUCCAAUAACUCCAACGGGCUGCAAGCGAUGUCCGGCCUCGUCGUUCCUCCGAUGUGAAGACUCCUCCUCCUCUUCCUUGUCUUGCUCCUCCCCUUCAGUCACGAGCACCAAUCACCACAGAGGAGGCGGGGCCUCAGGCAGCAGCUGGAGAUGUUGUCUCUGAUUGGACGUUUUGUACAGCGGUCUGUGUGCGGGCUCUCUGUAAUUAUUCUGAUGUGUCGUCUGUGUACAAACUGUGAUGUCACACCUGUUAUGUGACAUCACAUUCUCUAUGUAAUGAAGAAACAGGAAGUGGAUUCAGAUCGGAUCAGAACAUUUAAGCACUGAGGGAACAUGAUGAGGACACAAGGAGACGAGGACACAAGGAGACGAGGACACAAGGAGACUGAAAACAAACAGGAAGGUUCCUCUUGUUUCCUCAUUGGGUUUUCAAAAGAUUCAGAUUACAACGAACGUCCCCCCUCCCUCAACUCAGCUGUUUAUGUCUGGACUACAGGAAGUGUUCAUAGAAAGGAAGGAGGGAGGGAUGAGGCCUCUUAGGAAACAAGGAAGAAGGAGGCUUCCAAUGUGUGAAGGAAACGUCUAGUUAGGAAGCAAGAAAAGGAAACUAGAUAUUUUCUGACAUCACAGCUGAUCCUGAUUGGCUCAUUCAUUAAUAUCCAUCCAAUAAAGCUUAUGCAGGAAUUAAACUCUCAGCCAAUCGGGCUUCAAUAUUCUGAUGACAUCAUCUGUGAUUUCAUCAUUUAAAUUGUGACAAACGUUUCUGACCAAUGAGAGAUGAGAACAAAAAGAAUAAUGAAUGAAAAGCUUCCUGAAGUUACUAGCCCCGCCCAUUGUUGCAUUAGCCCCGCCCCUUCCUGUAUGUGUUUAUUUUGUUUCUAUUUUUGACGCUGGCACUGUAAAAAACAAAACAAUGCAUCCUGAUAGGCUCCUGUGACUUCCUGUCUUCUUGUUCAGAGUUGUUUGUUUUAUUCUAGCCCCUCCUACUCACCCACAAGCCCCGCCCUGAGCACUUAAACCCCGCCCCUCACCUAAACGCCCCGCCCCCGUGUUUUCUCUGUGGGUUUUGUGAUUUUUUUAACUUGUAGCUGGCUGAAUAUUUAAACGUCACUGUGGUUGAUCACGCCGCCCCGCCCUGACCCCGACCACCUGUCACACGCUCACAAGGGAACUCUUUUGUACCAUACAGAUGAUAAAUACUGUAUUUAUAUCUCAGAGUGUUUUUGUAUCAUGUCACGUUGUCUUUUGUGUGUGUGUGUGUGUGUGUGUGUGUGUGUGUGUGUGUGUGUGAAAACAAACCAUCGUUUUGUAUCAAUAAAAAAAAACUUAAUGUCUUCCCACAUUAUCAAUCAAAGCUGGUCGUCCAAUCAGCGCCACUCGUUCUGUUUGAUUGUUUGAAUGUAACUCUUGUUUGGCUGUACGGAACCAAUAAAGUCAGCAGGUCGUCCUAAAGACUCCGCCCACUCCUUCAUUCACCUGGUCACAUGCUUCAACCAAUCAUCAACCUUUGAUUAACCUUUAAUUAACCUCAUUCAUUGGUUGUCUACAGGCUGCAUUCAUACCUUUAUUGUUAUUGGACAAGCCAC